GUUGAAGCGCCAGCGCCUCGGUGUCCGCUGAAGUGCGUUUCAGAGUCUGGACCAUGAAGAACAGAAGAGCUCACUGGGAGUGGUGCGGACGUUGUGCAAUAUGCGAACGGGACGAGUUUUUUGUGUGAAUUUAUAAUGCAGCUGCGCACGGACCCUGCUGCCGCCGCUGACCUCCGUGAAGUGUUCAAGAUAAAGUCGCACAGACAGUGAUAACGGAGACCGGACACACAGGACAACCCCGCAGAAAAAGAGUGUGACUGCGAUACUGGAGGAGAGAUGGGGAACGCAGGGAGCAUGAACCAACACACUGACCCCAGAGGACACCACAUGCCCCUCAAACUGCCCAUGCCCGAGCCGGCCGAGCUGGAGGAGAGAUUUGCGCUCGUCCUGAACUCAAUGAACUUGCCUCCAGACAAAGCAAGAUUACUACGGCAGUACGACAACGAGAAGAAAUGGGAACUCAUUUGUGACCAGGAACGAUUCCAGGUGAAGAAUCCUCCUCACACAUACAUCCACAAGCUGCAGGGUUAUCUUGACCCAGCCGUGACCAGGAAGAAGUUCAGGAGGAGAGUGCAGGAGUCGACGCAGGUCCUGCGAGAGCUGGAAAUCUCAUUACGGACCAAUCACAUCGGGUGGGUGCGGGAGUUUCUGAAUGAGGAGAAUAAGGGUUUGGAUGUGUUGGUGGAGUAUCUUUCAUUUGCACAGUAUGCCGUCACGUAUGACGGUGACAGUUCUGAGAACAGCACAGAAAACUCGGUGGAUAAAUCUAAACCCUGGAAUCGAUCGAUUGAAGAUCUCCACAGAGGAAACAACCUCUCAUCAGCUGUCACAGGCAGCAGCAUCUCCAGAGCCAGCAGACAUUCAACCAUAAGGUCUAACACGUUACCCAGCCGGAGGACACUGAAGAAUUCCAGAUUAGUAUGUAAGAAAGACGACCUUCAUGUGUGUAUCAUGUGCCUGCGAGCCAUCAUGAACUACCAGUAUGGCUUCAACAUGGUCAUGUCUCACCCUCAUGCUGUGAAUGAAAUUGCACUAAGUCUGAACAAUAAGAGUCCCAGGACUAAAGCUCUGGUGCUGGAGCUGCUGGCCGCUGUGUGUCUGGUUCGAGGAGGUCACGAGAUCAUUCUCUCCGCCUUUGAUCAUUUUAAAGAGGUGUGUUCAGAAGAUCAGCGGUUUGAGAAACUCAUGGAGCAUUUCAAGAACGAAGAUAAUAAUAUCGACUUCAUGGUUGCAUGCAUGCAGUUCAUAAACAUUGUGGUUCAUUCUGUGGAAGACAUGAAUUUCAGAGUGCACUUACAGUACGACUUCACAAAGCUGGGUCUGGACGAGUAUCUGGACAAACUGAAGCACACCGAGAGCGAUAAGCUGCAUGUGCAGAUUCAGGCGUACCUGGAUAAUGUGUUCGACGUGGGGUCUCUGUUAGAGGAUGCAGAGACCAAGAACGCAGCGCUGGAGAGAGUGGAGGAACUGGAGGAGAACAUGUCUCAUCUGACAGAGAAGUUGCAGGACACAGAGAAUGAGGCGAUGGCAAAAAUCGUUGAGCUGGAGAAACAACUGAUGCAAAAGAAUAAAGAGCUGGAGUCUAUCCGGAAUAUAUACUUAGACGUUUGCUCUCAGGUGCACACCCUGCGGAGGAUGGUGAAGGAGAAGGACAAGGCCAUUCAGAAACAGAGCAACCUGGAGAAGAAGAUCCAUGAGCUGGAGAAACAGGGAACCAUCAAGAUCCAGAAGAAAGCGGACGGGGACAUUGCCAUCCUGACGUCCCCUUCGCAGGGGAACGGGCAUCUGCCAGGGUCACAGGGCGUAGCUGGGGGGUCCGGUGAGGGGGCGGCACAUGGCCUGACCGUGCCUGAUCCUCCACCACCCCCUCCACCUCCUCCUAUGCCAGAGACAUUACCAAACGGUCCAUCUGCUCCUCCUCCUCCUCCUCCUCCUCUCCCCGCUGUGGAUAUAUCUGCCCCUAUGCCCCCUCCACCGCCCCCCAUGGCUCCUCCACUUCCAGGCUGCGGAUCUCCCACCGUCAUCAUGAACUCAGGACUGGCAGCUGUGAAGAUCAAGAAACCCAUCAAGACUAAGUUCCGUAUGCCGGUGUUUAACUGGGUGGCGCUGAAGCCCAAUCAGAUCAACGGCACUGUGUUCAACGAGAUCGAUGACGAAAGAAUACUGGAGGAUCUGAAUGUGGAUGAGUUUGAGGAGAUGUUUAAGACGAAAGCACAGGGGCCUGCCAUAGACAUCACCUCCAGCAAACAGAAGACCUCUCAGAAAGGACCAAAUAAAGUCUCGCUGCUGGACUCCAACAGAGCCAAAAACAUGGCCAUUACACUCAGAAAAGUGGGCAAGACACCAGAGGAGAUCUGCAGAGCCAUUCAAAUGUUUGACCUGCGGACCUUGCCGGUGGAUUUCGUGGAGUGUUUGAUGAGGUUCAUCCCGACGGAAGCGGAGCUGAAAGUUCUCCGGCAGUAUGAGAAGGAGCGCAAACCUCUGGAGAACCUGACGGAUGAGGAUCGCUUCAUGAUCCACUUCAGCAAGAUCGAGCGUCUCAUGCAGAAGAUGACCAUCAUGGCAUUCGUGGGCAAUUUCACAGAAAGUGUUCAGAUGCUCACACCCCAACUUCACGCCGUUAUUGCAGCGUCUGUCUCCAUCAAGUCCUCACAGAAACUCAAGAAGAUUCUGGAAAUCAUCUUGGCUCUGGGAAACUACAUGAACAGCAGUAAACGAGGAGCGGUGUAUGGCUUCAAGCUGCAGAGCUUAGACCUGUUAUUAGACACUAAAUCAACAGACCGCAAGAUGACUCUUCUGCACUAUAUUGCAAAUGUAGUGAAGGAUAAAUACCAGCAGGUGUCGCUCUUCUAUAACGAGCUGAACUAUGUGGAGAAAGCUGCAGCAGUCUCUCUGGAGAAUGUCUUGUUAGACGUGAAGGAGCUUCAGAGAGGGAUGGAUCUGAUGAGGAGAGAGUACAGCAUGCACGGCCACAACACACUGCUGAGAGAUUUCAUACAGCAAAAUGAGAAUAAACUCAAAAAACUUCAAGAUGAUGCCAAGAUCGCUCAGGAUGCCUUUGAUGAAGUGGUGAAAUUCUUUGGAGAAAACUCCAAAACAACACCCCCGUCUGUGUUUUUCCCAGUGUUUGUGCGCUUUGUGAAAGCAUACAGGCAAGCAGAGGAGGAUAAUGAACAGAAGAAAAGACAGGAGCAGAUGAUGAUGGAGAAGCUGAUUGAGCAAGAAGCUAUGAUGGCACAAGAGGAUCAGAAGUCUCCCUCUCAUAAGAGUAAGCGUCAGCAGCAGGAGUUGAUUGCGGAGCUGAGGAAGAAGCAGGUGAAGGACAGCAGACAUGUGUAUGAGGGUAAAGACGGAGCCAUUGAGGACAUCAUCACAGAUUUGAGAAACCAGCCUUACAGGCGUGCUGACGCUGUCAGGAGGAGCAUUCGAAGACGUUUUGAUGAUCAGAAUUUGCGGCCAAUGAACAAUGCAGAGAUGGUCAUGUGACGAGGGCAGAGUGGAUGUGAUUGGAUGGGCUGGAGGAGGGAAGGAUGAGCUAAUGAAGGACUGAUGAAGAUGACAGGAGGUCUCAAAGCCAAGUGCCUACAUUUAACAUCUGUCCCAUCAGGUGUUGAAUCAUACAUGUGUUUUAGUCAAUAUCUUCUGUCUGUGAAUUUUUAUAUGACAAUCGAUGUCUUGAUCUGUUUUUUAUCUUAUGGGGCUUCAAUUGUAUGGUGAGAUCAGUUUUUUCUUGAAAAAAGUGUCUGAAUGUAAAACACUUUAAGUAUCAUAAACCUGUACAAAGGUUUCUUACAUUCCAGUGCUUUCGCCACUGAUCAAAACCAACUAGGUUUUCCGAAUCUACUGGUUGGUCUUAAAGAAGUCCUGUAGUGUCUGUCAGAGCCUGUUUUUAUUGUGGCGUUCACAUAGGGGGCACAUUCUUCUGUUAAAAAAACAAACAAAAACAGAUAGAUAGAGCCCAACAGAAUGGAAUACAGGUUGAGAAGCAUUUGAAACAUUUAAAAACUUGUGUAAAAGUUGUAAAAAUAUGUUGAUGGCUUGUAGGGUGUGACAAAGUGGACAAAGGUAACAAUAAUAACAUUCCUGAUUUGAAGGUAUUUAAAUGUGUUGUUCCUAAGACCCACACCUGUGGUCCUGGCCACUUGAGAGCAUGUGUACACAACAGGAAGUACACAAGACUGUCCCAGGUCUGAAAAUGCCAAAGCACUACAUUUAAAUUGUCAUCUGAACAGUAAUUUACAAGUUUGUUUUUAAAGUGCAAAUUAUUGAAAAUCAAAAUGUAUAAAUAAAGCUCUGUAAAAACUUUACUUUUUUUCACAAAACUGUGUUGUGUGUCCCAUUGAGUAAUCAAAGACGCCACACUGGUUACCCAAUGGGACACGCUUGGGACCUGCAGUCUUCACGCCCAAUUGAAAACAUUGGCCAAAUUCAGGAAAUAUAUCUCAUCACCAGUUCGUAUGAUUCGCGAAUUCACUUUUGCAUGAUUUGUUUACACCCCAGUGUCAGGUAUGAAUUCAUACGAAUUGUGGAACUUGUAAAAUACAUACAAUUUAACAAAAGUCAUACACAAUCGUACAAGUGAGGUCGUACGAAUUAACCACUUUUUAAAAUAUGAACAAAUUGCUAUGAGAUCGGGUUGGAAAUGGCUUUGAAGUGGUCACAAAGAUUGCAAGUGUGGGUUCCGGGACAGGCCCCCCUUUAAAAAUCAUUAUGAACUAACAGACUAGUCAGUCGUCUGUUGGACUAAUUGACAUCCUGGUCCAACCCUAAUCAGAAGGUGUUGAUCACAGUCAUGAUGGAGUUACUGCAGGGGGCUGUGAAUGGAUGUUGCACUAUUGGGCCACAGAAUUAGAUGGGGUUCAGUUAAGUAGGGAAGAAGUGUUAUAUGUAAAAUGAUGUUACAUGGGUCAAAGGCAAAUGUGAAAUAUAAACCAGAGGUUGCAGAACUCCAGUACCUCGUGUUUCUGAAAGACUGCUGACAAGUCUUAAUUAAAAUGGUGCACAAGCAAGACUGCAUUAGGCUUUGGUCUUCAAACUGUGGGUUGGUUAGGAUUACCUAAACCAAAGUGCAGAAAAAGUCUGCAGCCUUUACAAAUGAUGGAGUCAGAGUCGUCGAGCAUUUUUAAAAGUCCAUUGACUAAAUAAUGUUCCAUGUUCAACACAGGUGAAGCUCUGUGCUCUGCCAAAAUCUUGUUUACAUGAAAGCACUUCAAAUGAAAGUUUAUGGGUCAAGGCAUUGCACAGGAACAAAUAUAAAAGUACAAAUAUAAAACCCUCAAGACUUCAUCCAUGUUCACUUGACUACUGUGAUAGAGAAGUAUUUGAUUCUGUUUUAAAACCAACGUUGUCUUAACCAGCAAUAUAACACUCCUGUCAAGACAUGUAACUGGAUGACUGAAGUUACCAGAGUUAACAUAACCAGAAGUCUACAGCAGUCUCUUUGCUAAAAUUACAAAACAUGUCAGCUCAAAAAGUGCUUUAACAAAAAUAUGAACUUUGCAUUUUAUGUCUGCUUUUAAACUCUUGCUCUAUAGACUUCCAUUGGAAGUGCACUGAGGUAAAUGGAAUAUUGUGUCUUAUACACAGAGGAUUAAAUAUGGAGUCUGUGCUAAUCGACAGAUGCUGUCUAACAGAAUGUUCCUUUAUGAAUUUUAAGCACUUGCCACAACUUAGUCGGUGACGUUGGCUCUUGUUCUUCACUACACAAGAUCAGGUUCCUUCUAGAAUUCAGUUGCUGUAACUGGGCUUGUUUUGUGCAUUCUAGGUCUGAUGAUGGGAAAUAAGGCCGGUUAUAUAAACUGAAUUUUGUGUGAUUCUAUGAUGACCUGCACGAAUGAAAAUUCACAUUUCUUGAGAUGUGUAAUUCUAUUUAAAAGCAAAAAUAUAAAAUCACCAAAAAAAAAAAAAAGCGUUUGUUAAAUGUACAGAUGUUUUGAUACAAAAUUUUUGCAUCUUUUUAACUUUUUAAUCUCCUAAUAUUGUACAUAAUGUUUAAAAACAAUACUGUUUAAAAAGCAUUCUCUACUACAACAUUUGCAUAUUUUAACUUAUAGUUUUCUUUUUUUUCCCCUGCAUUUUGUAUAUUUAAUAAAAGUGAAAACCUGAACCAGGUCUUUAAGACAUGCAGCCACAUCACACUAGAACAUCCCUUCUAUAUUAAAACAUGUCAGAAUCAGAUGCAGUAGCAGAAUUAUAGACGUCUGUCUCAUCACUUUACAUUCCACUUAGAAAAACUGGAUUAAACUGGCAUUUUUCCCCUAAAAUCACUGUUAUCUUAGGCAUUGAAUGCUUACAGUACUGCACAAAAGAUUUGUUCUCAGUUUUAAAGUUAGAUGAUUUCUCAAUGUCCAAUUAAACUAUUUACACAA